UGCAAACUCUGCAAUAUAAUUCCGAUGGGUAAAAGAGACGAGGAAAGCAGCCACCACCGCCACGCCGCCCAUGACGGUGGAAACUUGGAAGCGCCACCGCUACUUCAGGCCGCCGUUCCAGCUUCAGCUUAUGAUGCUGCUGAGAAGCCGGUCCGAGAGGAUCGUCUCCCUUGCUGUGGUUGCGGUUCUGGCUGGUUCAUGUUCCUUAUUGGUUUCUUUCUUGCUACCAUCCCAUGGUACAUUGCUGCGUUCAUUCUGAUCUGCGGCGAAGUUCGUCGCCGUGAGAGACCAGGAUACAUCGCCUGCACAAUUGCAGCUCUUUGUGUUACAGUUGUAUUUACUUAUGUUCUGUGCCGUCUCCUUCCUCAUCUGAUUCCGUUGAUCAUGAGUUUGUUUGGAAUCUAGACUCUUAAUGGGCCAUCAAUAUAUGAAUGUAUGUCUUAUAUAUCUUAAGUGAUGAAUAAUUUGUGCUUGGGCACACAGCUUCAAUCUUGUAAUAUGUUAUAUUUAUAUUGUUAAUAUAAUUGUAUUGUAUGUGUAUGUAUGUUUUCAAUUGUAUGUUAUGAAGA